AUGUUAGAAAAAAAGUUUGCUGACAUUGACAAGAAAUUUGAGAAUGUUUUGAAGAAGAACAAGAGGAAGUUAGAAAAUGCUCAGAUAAAACCCAUACAUGAAAAGUUCUUAUUUGCUCAGAAUGGUAUAACAGGUCUAAUUGCACCGCCUGGGUCUGGUAAGACUUUCACUUAUCUUAAAAUGGCUGCACAACAACAAGAACUAGAUGAGAAGAACCCAUUCUAUGAGUUAGUAGUCAUUUGUAGUACUUCUGGUCAAUUCGAUCAAACCGUCAAUUCGUUCAAAGAUAUUAUAAAGAAGUCUAAGUUAGUAUGUAUAAAGGAUACUGAGUUGUUAGAUUGGAUAAAGAAGUACCAAAGAAGAGUUUUGAAGUACAAUGCUAUAAAUGAGUAUGUCAAUUCGAAGUUUAAAGACCCAAAUGAGGAAAUGCAGAGAAUAUUAGAGAAGAAACACUUCAGAAACAAACAGAAAGAGAUAGAAUAC